AUGUUUGACAGCUCACAGUACCCCUACAACUGUUUCAACUACGACGCCGACGACUUCCCGGCAGGCAGCUCCAACGAGGAAAAGCAGCUCUCGCGGCCAGCGUACAGCUACAUCGCGCUGAUCGCCAUGGCCAUCCAGCAGAGCCCGGCGGGCCGCGUGACCCUGUCGGGCAUCUACGACUUCAUCAUCCACAAGUUUCCCUACUACCGCGCCAACCAGCGCGCCUGGCAGAACUCCAUCCGCCACAACCUGUCCCUCAACAGCUGCUUUGUCAAGGUGCCCCGGGCCGAGGGCCAUGAGAAGGGCAAGGGCAACUACUGGACGUUCGCCGGCGGCUGCGAGUCGAUGCUCGACCUCUUCGAGAACGGGAACUACCGGCGUCGGCGCAGGCGGCGUGGCCCCAAGCGCGGCUUGCUGGACGAGGGGGUCGGGGAUACUGGCGCGGGCGGCGCAGGGGAAUCCCGCGGUUCCCCCCAGCCCUCCGGUGCGCUCAGGUCCCCGGCCCCAGCCCUCCCUGCUGCGCCCCUGACCCCCACCAGCCCCACCAAGCUGGGGAAGGAAGACCACCGCGCCAUCAAGUUCAGCAUCGACUACAUCCUGUCCUCCCCUGGGCCCAGGUCUCCCCAUCCCAGGCAGGAGGGCAAACACCCUCAGCUGGAGUCUCAGCAAAUGAACUUCCAUUUUUGGACAAUGUGA